AUGACGACAGUAGGAAAUCCAUUCAAAUCAAGUCCUUCCACUGAUCAUGGCAAAGGAUCGAUUGUUGAUGAUUUUAUGUACGGAUCAAAUGUGGCCACAGCACACAUUUAUAUUCGGAUGGGUUUUCUGCGCAAGGUGUAUGGCAUUCUAUCAACUCAACUUUUGAUCACCACACUGACUGCUGCAUUUUUCAUCCUUCAUGAACCAACCAAAUUGUUUGUCCAGCAGAAUAGCUGGAUGUUGAUGGUUGCUAUGUUUGGCACAAUUGGUAUCAUGUUGGCCCUGAUGUUCAAGCAAAGAGAAACCCCAAUAAACUAUAUUCUGCUAAUGGCCUUUACAGCAAUGGAGGCUUACACAGUUGGUGUAAUAGUGACUUUUUAUGAUAAGGCAGCAGUUAUGGAAGCCUUUGCUUUGACUUGUGCUGUAACCCUUGGCCUCACUGCUUACACAUUUCAGAGCAAAAGAGAUUUCAGUAGUUGGGGACCAAGCCUUUUUGCUGUUUUGUGGGUGCUGAUUCUGGCUGGAUUUCUGCAGCUGUUUUUCCCAACUGUCACAAUUGAUCGCCUCCUGUCAAUUGGAGGGGCACUUAUCUUCUCUCUAUUCAUCAUAUAUGACACUCACAUGAUGAUGCACAAGGUUUCGCCUGAGGAAUACAUUGUGGCUUCCAUCAACCUAUACUUGGAUAUAAUCAAUCUGUUCCUCUACAUCCUCCGCAUUAUUGGUGAAAAUCGUAAAUAA